GAAAAAAUCUAUAAUAGAAAAAAGAAGGAAAAAGAGUAAGCAAAAAUGUCGUAAUUGGGAAAGCAUUAAUAAAAAUAAUUGUCAACAACAACUUUAAUAUCAUCUCCUCAUUAUCAUCAAAGGAAGACAUUAAUUGAAGCCCGUAAACUCGACUGAAUAAUUCUUUAGAAGUAAUAAUUGACCUAAUUCGGAAUAUAAAAAAGAGGACCAGUGCCAGUAGAGACUGGGAAAAAAAAGAGUGAGUGGAGAAAAAAAAAUGCCAUUAAACACCAGCACAUCUGCACAACAAUUGCGUCCAUUAUCUUUGACUGGACCAGAACGUGAACCGGUGCAAUUUACAGUCAAUUUAGUAGGAGCACCCACAGAAGUUGAGCAAUUGGUGCAACAAAUUAAAACGGUAGCCGAACAAUUUCUUUACCACUGGAAAAGUUUUCCAAUAGCUUUGCCGCAACCUUUAUCUGCGGCUUCAUUGGCUUUAAGCGGUUUUGGCCACAAUGGCUCGAGUACGGUGGGUGGUAGCCGUAAAAUGCGCCCGAUUAAUUUGCGUGACUUAUUUAUAGCGCCACCAUUUGAUGAAUUGGAUGCUGUUGCCUCAGAUGUUACCGGCGAACCACGUCGUCUAACUAAUACUCAGUUGAAAACGCUACGCGAAAACGGCUUACAAAAGGAUAAAUAUGGAAAACCUAAGAAAUUAACUUUGGAACAAUUGGAAACCAUACGUAAAAAUGGGGAAUUCGACGUUCCAAGUUUGCAUUUUUCUGGACAAGUGCACAAAUGGCGCCUGUCGCAGUUGCUUCAAAAGGGCACUUUACGAGCUCAUGAUUCCUUUUUAAGCGAUUUGGCUUUAGCUGCACGCUUUCUGGUCGUAACUGCACGUAGUCGUAUAUUUUCGCAUUUCUUCUCCGUCUUUUAUGCUGCUCGUGCUCUAUUGAUCGGCUUAAUUAAAUUGCUGGAUAUGAUAGUAGGAGUGCCCGCAUUGUUGGCGCAUAAUCUCGACUAUAAAAUUAAAGAAGAAAGAUGCCGUUUUCUAAUAGCAGAAUUGGUGUGUAGGCCUGAGUUUGAAGACUGUUUGGAUGGUUUAUGCUCAUACGUUCGAAAAAUACUACGCCGCGCUACUAUGGAGAAGUUCGAUUUUAACAGUUGCGAUAUAACGCAACCAAUACCGUAUCUGUUCUUAACACCCAAAGGUCAAGAAAUAGAUUUACGCUUAUUUUGUCGUGAUAUUAUGCGCAAAGCAUUACCGAUUUUGCUAUGUAUUCUGGAAAGAGAGACACGAGGUUGGUUUUUACACUUUCGUGAACGCUUAAUUGCUGAGCUAAGAGCUAAAAAGUUAACGGACAAAGAAAUUGAAGAGGAAGUCAACGAAGCGGUUAUGAAAGAAUAUUUGCAGCGUGUUUACUCUUCAAUCCUAUCAAAUGCCAAACUCUUGGAAUUGGGUGUGGGUAUACCCGAACUGCUCGUACAACAAGCUCAAUCGGUAGUCAUCAUGUACAAGGCGGUAGAAAAAGUGCAACGUGAUAUUAAACGUUCCCGCGAAGACCAUCAGAAAUGUUUAGCCAAUGAUCACUCCGUUUUAUCAAGAGUUGCUCCUUGGUUGCGUUCCAAACUUCGCCACGCUGAAGAACAUAAAUUCAAGAAAUCCGCUUGGUCAGCUCAUGAAGAAGCCUUAAAAAUGUGCACAAAACAUAAUCUGCUACAAACUGCCUAUUUUCUAAGCCGUGAUUUAGCCUUUAUGAAAGAACGUGAGCCGGUUCUUUUAAAGGAGCUGAAAAACGCCAAAGCGCCUACACGUAGUUUUCAAUGGGCCUGUCGUAUUUGGUCCCCAAAAUCUUGGAUAAUCAGGCGUAAUUUUCAGGGUCAAUCUGAUAUAAUACCUACAGUUAUUAGUCAACAGGCUACUUCCAUAGUAACACCACGUUCAGAUCCUAGUCAACCGGUGUUUUUAGUUGAAAAGGAAAUUAUACGCACUACUAGCACACGUUGGCCAUUCUGGCGACUAUUGAAUCUUAUGCAACGUACUUGGUGUUGGACUUGGAAUAUGAUGUUUCUUCUGGGCAUAUUAGUGCCGUGGUGCAGUCCAUUAAGUUUAAGAGCUUUAUUUUGUGUCAAGCCUUUCAUGCCUGAUUUAGAAUUAUCACAGGUUAAUGGUACACUCUUUCCGCGCAAAACAAGUAUAACGCAGACUAUGGGUUCGCGUUUAAUUGAACUGUGGCGACACAUAUCAAAAUCGCGUACACGUUUCGAAACUGAGCCAGAUACGGGUUUCAUAGGCAAAGGCUUGACGCGCAAUUUAAAUCGCAUUUGGAAUUACUUUAUUAAAGGCUUCCUAGGCACUAUUGUCAUAUUAUUUGCCUUUCCAUUGCUCUGUUUGGCAACAAGUUUUUUAAGCAUUUUAUUAGCAUUGACUGCUCCGCUAUGGAUACCAGUUUUCACCAUAUUUUUACAUCUGUAUAUGAUAUUAAUAUAUGACAUUGAUUCGCCGAAUAACAAUAGAAAUCGUUAUUGCAUAUUAUUAGAGGCUUUAAUCUGGAAUAUACUAAGUCAAGGUUGUUUACAACCGAUUGCAGCCGUAUUAGUGGCCAUCAUUGUGUGUCCUUUGGCUUCAGGUGUUAUAUUAGUCGUGGGAGUCGCACGAUAUGCUUUACGUUUGUUAUGGGACUCUUUAACUUUCCACUUAUUUAUCAAAAAGUGUGGUCGUGUUCCUGCUUCCGACAGUAUUGCUGUGAGACGUAUAGCCGGGCCGGGCUUGGCGUUAGAUUAUUACUUCAUGAUACGGCCUGAGCAAGCUUUGGCUGCGUUUGAGGCUAAAAUGGAAUUAGACGAAUUGCAGGCGUAUCAACAUGCAAUGGAGCGUAUCAUAUUACAGCCACAGAAAGACUUUUCGCAAUUCGUGGAAGCAUGCUUUGGACCCUUUUCAGCACAAUUAGCUAAAAUGGGACCCUACUUAUCAUUGGACCGGGAGGCACAAGAUUUAAUGACCACCCUACAUGAGAAACUAGAAAAGCGUAGACGCGAACUACAAACUUCUUUAACAACACAAGUGAAAACUCGCAUCAAGUUAAAUACAAAAGAAUUAAAAAUUGCCAUACAACUUGCCGCCCACAUUUUGGAAAAAUACUAUCCGUCUCAUAUUAUAGCACGUUUAUCGAUCAGUGAAGAAGAAUUUUGGGAUAACAAGGGGUUAGCGGUUAACGAUUGGCCAGGUUUAGCUGGUUUAAUUUACACUGAAAUCUUUAGCUUAGAUUUUCUGACUCCUCUAACUGAAAAUGAUACUCAUUUCAAAUUGGAACCUCAUCCUUCUCUCGAUUUGACGCGUUAUUCUGAAAUGGUACAAAAUGCUACGGAUGUUAUCGGUUCCAAAGGCUUAGACUUACUGGGUAACGUUUAUGCGCCGCGCGGCAAUGUCCAAGUACAUUUGCCCUUUUUAGAAGUCACUGCUUUUAAUCCACGCUCACGUAUAACAUUAACGUUUCGUAAACCAGAAAAAAGAGAUAUGUCGGUAGGUUUAACUACACCGCGUGUGCGAGCUCAUCGUGCUGCCCAGCAAAGUAAAUUACCCGAUACACAACAUUGGCGUCCUUGGAAAAAAAAAACUGACGAGAAAAGUGCUACUGAGAAGCUUUUAAUACCUCUGCCGGUACCACAUCCGGUCCAUAUAGCCAUUAACAUUUACAAUCGUGACGCUGAACAUCCUAUACCGUUGGAUUCUGAACUUGUCUGGGAAAUUCUCAAAUCUAUUGAAGACUGUCAAAAUGGUGAGAUUAUGGCGAUGUCAUCAGUGACGCGUUAUCGAAACGCCGUAAUGGAAUCGAGCAAUGACUCUCUGGCCUCUAGCAGUAGCUUGGGUAGUACACGAGAAUCCGGCUCCGCCACAGGUGGCUCAGGCACGGGUGUCGAUAAUGGCACCGAAACGCUGCCUUGUGUUAAUCGCGAGGUUUGCACCCAAGUAAAGGUGGCGGAAGAGCAUUCACCCAAUUCUGGUUUUCAUUGGACUUUAAGCAAUUGGGGUGCAGCACAAACAACUCGUCGACGUACAAAUUCUAAUGUACGCGUCGACUUGGCUAGUCCCGAGGAUAUUUCCCUGGAUACAGAUAGUUCACGAGCCGUUUUCAAUCCCUACGGAACGACUGUGUAAGAGUUAGUGCAACAAACGCCAACGUAACGUAAAUAUUCCUUUUUCUUAAUUGAUUUAAUUAGUUUAAAAAAUAUUUUUUUUUAAGCGAUGAAAAAAAAAAAUUUUUGUAUUAUUAUAAUGAAAAAUUUUUAUAACGCAGAGACGAGAAACAAAAACCAUCUAAACUAUAUAUAGCAUAAACUAGAUAUAUUAGCAAACACAUAUAUCAAAACAAAAACAAUAUCCUAAGACCAAACUGAUAAUUGUAAAAAUUUUAAAUUAUUCUAAAUUUCAAAUUAAACGUGUUAAAGAAUAUUUUACAAAUAUAUAUUUAUUAACUAGGUUAUUAAUCACGAAUCUCCAGUGCAUAUACAAUUACAUCUUUUUUUAAAUUUAUUUAUUACCCACCAUCUGAAAGAUAAAAUAUGUGAUUCUAUACGUAAUGUAAAGGAAUUGGAAUCGAAAGCUUUAGAUAAAGUCUGGGUUCAUGCCUAACGACAUGCAUUGAAAUUCAAAUUUACAAAAUGCCUUAUAAUACUUUGAUAUAUUUUAAUAAGCGUUAGUUAAAACAGUCUCCAGAAAGCCACUAGGUUCUUACCUUACUGAUAAAUGCCAAUUUCUGUCGUUAUAUAUUUGAUAUCUUAGCGGCUAACACGGCGAAACCUCCACAAACUUGAAAGGCGGGAAGCAGAGAUGAUUGUGAAGGACUAUUGUCCUUAUCGGACUCUUAAAUCCAUUAUUUUAUUGACAUUGUCAUUCGAAUUUUCCCUCGUUAACAUCGAUCAUAUAAAAUGGUUCUAUAAUUGGACCUCGCGUGACGAACAGACGUUUUGAAGCUUUAAAACGGAAUAUUUGGCUCAUGUCAAACCAUAUGAUGACGUUUUCAAAAUGAGAAUAUUUAUAUUUUCUAUAUCUAAAUGGAAGGAUCACUGUAUGUCGACAUUUGUUUGUAUUUCGAUAAACUAUUUUCUAUGAAAGGUAGUGGGUAUCGAACACUUCGGCUUAAACCGAAAAUAAUCGAAAUUUAUUUACAUCUAGUCGCCAUUAUUUCAUCAAAAAUAUUUUUUAUAUAAAGUCAAAACGAAUAUAUAUAAAUCGUAGUGCAUUUGCGCAUCCAUUUCAAUACUUGUAACUCAUAAAUCAUGUUUAUUUUCUGCUCAUUUAUUCCUUACUCAUUUGAUCACUUACUUAUAUUCUUGUGCAAGUAUGCAACUAAACUUAAUUUAGUUAUUCUUAUAUUUAAUUAAAAUCUUCACAUACUCACACUUAAACGCGGACAUGAUCGUUUCUCAUUAUUAUAAAUUAUUUUACAAUUCAUUGUAACUUGCUUCAUACUUAACCAUGUUACUCACACAUAAUUUUACUUAUUGUUAUAACAAUUGUAUUGGUGAGAUUAAAAUUUAUUUUUGGUCUUUUAUGAAAAGUAUGAAUG